AUGAUUUCUGUUUUUCGAACCAUUAAUUCAUCUAGGAAACAAUUAAUAAAUAUAUUUGGUUCUACUCUUCCAUUAAAAUUUAAUGAUGCUUAUGAUUCUAAACGGUCACGUCAAUAUAAUGUAGUGAUUGAAGAAUCUUUGAAAGCUAAGCCUGCGCAUCCUUUAGAAUUCUUGUUUGGUACCUGGAAAGGAAAAGGCAAUGGCCAUUUCGAAGGAAUCAAGGAUUUUGUAUAUGAUGAAGAGUUGGAUAUAUCUCCUGAUGAAGCGGCAAGAGGGUGGUUGUACUAUAAACAAAAAACGUGGAAUCCCGCGCGAAAUAAUGCCAAUUUUCAUAGUGAAAUUGGAUAUAUCAGAAUGCCAGGAAUGACUGACAAAGUCGAAUUAGUGUUAGCUCAACCAACCGGGAUCGCAUCAAUUGAAGAAGGCCGAUUAAAAGGGAAAACCUUGACCUUAACAUCGAAGUGUAUUGCUCGUAGUUCUACGUCCAAACCGCCUCAUGUAACCGAGUUCAGAAGAACCUGGACAGUAGACCUCAAUGACAAUGUGUUGACUUAUACCUUUGACAUGGCAACGUCUGAUAAGCCUAUGGCUCCGCAUCUUUCUGCUAUAUUAUAUAAAGUAUCCAAAUGA